UUUGACCAAACUUUCCGCCAGCGGCUUUCUGAACUCACGCGUACCAAACCCGAUCAAGUGUCACCUGCUGGAAGUUGAAUUAAACUUUAGUCUCGGUUCCGUGGACAGUCUUAGCAUGCAAACAUUGUUUGUAGCGUUAAAGAUUUAACGUUAUUGUCAGCUGAACUUUGUGGAAAGUUAAAGAUAGUCGUUUCAUGGAUGGACCUUUUAAAAUAAUUCAAGUUUCGCUCUGGGUUAAGGGCUGACCUGUGUGAGGCAGGGUGCUUCACACACACACGCGCACACAUGGACGCCAUGGCAGCUCUCUCCAGCACCUGUGGCCCCAAGGUGGAUCGGCCACCCCUUCGUAGAGGAGAGAGGAGAAAGGAGACAUCUAGUGAUGGCGACUGCAGCACUGUGCUGGAGAAGACUCAAGAGUUCUUUCAGAUUUGUGAUAUAGAGAGCAAGGGCUUCAUCACGAAACGGGACAUGCAGAGGUUACAUGCAGAGCUGCCCCUCAGUUCCGACGAACUUGAGAACGUUUUUGACACCCUGGACACGGAUGGCAAUGGUUACCUGACGUUUGAUGAAUUCUCCUCCGGCUUUAGUGAGUUCAUGUGCGGUCCAGGUGUGGCAUCGGUCGCUGAAGAACCUCUCUCACAGAAGAGAUCAGAGUCGCUCUAUGAGAGUCAGUGGGAGGAAGGUCUCAGCGCUGGUGAAGAUGAUGAUGAAAAACAUUUCAACAUGCUAAUGGAGAACCUGGGGGCCAGUAAUAUCUUUGAAGAUCCAGAAGAGGUACGCAGCCUGUGGGCCCAACUCAAAAGAGAUGAGCCGCACCUGCUGUCCAAUUUUGAGGAGUUUCUUUCAAGAGUCACUUAUCAGAUCAAAGAAGCCAACCAGGAAAAGUCAGAAAUGGAAACUGCCCUAAAAAGGAAAGCAAUGACGCAUGAUAAUGAAAUCCAAAGAUUGUAUGAAGAAAUGGAGCAGCAGAUCAAGAACGAGAAAGACAGGAUUCUGCUAGAGGAUUCGGAACGAUUCUUAUCUCGGAGUCAAGACUUGGAACAUCAGCUUUCAGCCAAGGAGAAAGACUUGGAAGUCCUUUCUAACAAACAGAAAAGGCUGGAGCGUCAGUGUCGAGAGCUGCACAGCGAGCAGCGCGAGACGGCCGUAGAGAACGUGAAGCUAAAGCAGUAUAAUGAGGACUUGAGCCGUGAGCUGGAGACCACCACACAAGAGCUAAGUCUCGCCCACGAGCAACUCCUGCUGCUCCAGGAACGGUCUUCACGACUGCAUGAGGAUAGAGAGAUGGAGAUUUACAGGGUAACAGAGAGUCUGCAGAGAGAGCGAGCCAGUCUCCUCAAACAGCUUGACUUACUAAGGGAAAUGAACAAACAUUUGCGGGAUGAAAGGGACAUGUGCUAUCAGAAGCCUAAAAGCUCCGCUGGAAAACUCUCAUGGACACAGAGAUCUGGAUCUAUUACCUUGAAGUAUGCUGAAAGAAAGCCGUCAUUUAAGAGUGAUGGUGAGGAAGAAGUUUUGACGCAUUCAAAAUGGAAGAACGUGACCCCCGUAAACGGACAAAGCGUAGAUUUGGACGACAUUGUAGAUGGGCGACCUUCUCCCCAACAUCACCUACAGAGGAUCAUCUCAAUCGAGGAGGACCCUCUCCCCCAACUCCUGCAACAGGGUUAUUAUCAGGCCCAGCUCAGGCAGUUGGGUGAAGAUGAGGAGUAUGAAGAGGGCAUUGACCUCCAGAUGAGCAAUAUCUACCCCACAACCAGCACUCCAACGUCAGCUUCAAGCCUUCCUGGAAACAGAGAGUCACAAACACCCGCCUCACCCAGGGGACAGCCCGUGGGCAAAGAGACAGUCCAGUCGGUGGAAGGGGCCACUUCAGGUCCAGAUCGCCUAUUUAAGAUCGUUCUGGUUGGGAAUUCAAGUGUUGGAAAAACGUCUCUUUUACGGCGUUUCUGUGACGAUUGUUUCCAUCCUGGUACUUGUGCUACUGUAGGGAUUGACUACAGUGUUAAGACUCUAAUGGUAGACAACAUCCAGGUCGCACUGCAGAUGUGGGAUACAGCAGGACAAGAGAGGUAUCGCAGCAUCACCAAGCAGUUUUUCCGCAAGGCUGAUGGUGUGGUAGUCGUGUAUGACAUCACUAAUGAGCAGACGUUUACGGCAGUGAGGCACUGGCUGACCAGCGUGCAGGAGGGAGCAGGUGAGGACAUCCCCAUCAUGCUUCUGGGGAAUAAGACUGAUGUAGAUCAUCAGAGAGAAAUUCCCCUCGGAAUGGGAGAGAAAUUAGCCAAGGACUUCCAGUUGAUUUUCUAUGAGUGUAGUGCUUUUUCUGCCCACAAUGUGAUGGAGUCCAUGAUUCACAUGGCAAGAGUUUUAAAAGAACAAGAAGAUCGAGAGAAAGAGAAAACCGUGUCACUAGUUGACAGCCUCACAAAGAAGUCGUCCUGCUGUUAGCAGCCACAAACACUCUAGAUAUUUCUGCUGAACUAGAAGUUUGGGUUCAUGUGUCCUCAGCAUUGCUUUCUUUUGCGUCGUCUUGCAUAUUAGCAUUUUGUACGACCACUGUGGAGUUUAGACAUUUCUAGUGAAACAUGUUUUGUCUUUUAAGUGCACUAAAGUGUCUUUUCAGGUCAUUUGAAUCUCAGACACCCAUCACACUAUUAAAAAAGCAAAUGUGUAUUUCAUAUUGACCUAAAUGUGGUAAUAUAUCUUUUUAAUAUAAGGGUUAUAUUUUUAAGUGUGUGUUUUAAGCAAAAUAAGCUCCAACACUUGCUAGAUGUGUUUACAGCACAGUUGUUACGCACAAAUAUAUUGUAAUUUAUUAUAAAAAUGAUGAAAUAGAGUUUAUAUUUAAUUCAAAUGCAUAUUGAAUAAAAGGACAUGAGCCAUUUUGAAAAAUGGCUUGUGUCACCAUCCUUAACCUAAAUAUUUUUAAUAGCCAUAAAGUGAACUUGGUUUGUUAAGUUUCGAUUUUAACAGGGUUCACUGUUGUUCGCUUUAUGGUACUGAAGAAACAAAUGAUCGUUGGGAUUAUAUUGUGACUAAUAUAAUUUUUUUUGUAUUUUUUUGAUUUGUGUCAACAUUUAUGUGUCAUGCAAACUUAGACUGACUCUAUUUGCAAUUAAUUGAAUAAGGGUUAAAUGAGUGCAAAAGAUUCCACAGUAGUUGCUGAUAUUGACCCUUUAAAGAAAUUGGGCUGAAACCAUCACCAUACACUGGGUUAUUCUCAACGGCUGGGUUUGUCCCUUUUUGAAAAUAACCCAGCAUAACGAUAUAUUUUAUUAUUUUCCAUCAGACUGGAUUUAUGCACAUUUGAAAUAUGUGAAACAAGACUUUGCAGGGCUACUGUAUUCAACACUGUCUUUAUCACUCGGUGAAUUACAGUAUGGGUCUUCAUUUUGCACUUAUGUUGAUUCUGACAUUGCUAUAGACACAUUUUUCAGCCAAUCUUGUGGCCGGAUGAAGAAUAAACACUAGGUUUGAACAUCAUAUGGACAUUUUGGAUCAUUUUACAAUCUGUAGUGGUAGUCUCAUUCAUGUUGUUGUUUAUUAUGUACAUGUAUAAAUAUUGAAUAGAAAUGUAUUUGAAGUAAUGUUGAAAUAAAGAGUUCUAUGUUUG